ACCUCCUUUUUUAUCUUCCCACUCCACCGCAAAGCAAGUCGCUUUCUCUGCUUUUCCUCACGGCAACUUGCUCGUAUUCAAUCGGAGAAGCCACCGAUUCCGAUCCUCGACGAAUUCGUAUCCUCACAGCGAUCGUCGGUAGCUUGUGGUGGUCGUGGCGGCGGUCGGUGGCGCGUGGGUGGGUUGUCGUCGCCGGUGCAGAGGCAUCCUCGAUUUUCUCGGGCGGCGGUGAGAAGGAAGGAGGAAGGAGUGGAAGAAGAUGGUGUCGGCGAACAGGGAAAUGGCGGUCUAUUGCUUCGACACUCUCGUCGCUCAUUACAACAACGAGGAAGCCCCUCCGCCUGCCUUCGAAGCUGGGCAACACCCAUUAUUUGUGACUUGGAAGAAAGUGGUCACUAAUGGCGAGCCUCGUCUUCGUGGAUGUAUUGGAACUCUGGAAGCCCGUUGCUUGAUCAAUGGUUUUAGGGACUACGCCUUAACCAGUGCUUUAAGGGACCGAAGGUUUCCUCCCAUUCAGGCUAGAGAAUUGCCAUUUCUCGAAUGUACUGUUUCUGUCCUCACUGAUUAUGAAAUUGCUAACAGCUAUCUUGAUUGGGAGGUGGGGAAGCAUGGUAUAAUUAUUGAAUUCACUGAUGAUUUUAACACACGCCGGAGUGCUACCUAUUUGCCUGAGGUGGCUGCCCAUGAAGGUUGGACCAAAAUAAAGGCUAUAGAUUCCCUGAUGCAGAAAGCUGGCUAUAGUGGCACCAUCACCGAACCGCUGAGAAGGCGCAUCCGACUAACCCGUUACCAGAGCACCCUAUUUACUAUGCAUUAUAGUGAUUAUGUCACGUACGUGGAGGCGAACAGAGGCGCGGCCCCGUCUAUUAAUGGGGUUAGGCCUGCUAAUUAUUGAUUACCGAAUUGCUCCGCAGAUUUGGUGGGCCUCUUUCAGUGCAAUCUGAAGAUUAUUUAAGACAGAACAACUUGGGAUGCUAUGAUGUUCGCGAUUCAUCUCCCCCUCUAUUAAAUGCUGUAACCUGUUUCAUAUGAUUCUUCAAAUUCAUUUGAUUUUGAAGAAACAAGAAAACCUGUUUCAUAUGAUUCUUCAAAUUCAUUUGAUUUUGAAGAAGCAAGAAAAACUUGUUCCAUAAACCGCAGGACAUUGAUCCCGGGGACAGAAAAUUCUUAUUUUGGCCGUUCCUAAGGGAAGUGUGCCGGUGUACCAUUGAGUUUAUGUAACUUUAAAAGGGUCCUCAUUUCCUUUUGCCAAUAUGUGCUUUGCUUGUGUGAACUUUGAUAA